AGAAUCACUUCUCCGCUGUCUCUUUUGUACACGAUGAUGAUGAUGAUGAUGAGUUCAACAUACCAACAGCGACAUAACAUGACCCACGAAAUCUCAAACGACACCACCCUCUCUUCUCUCCCUCUUUCUUCAAGAUGUUAGAAAAAAACUCUUCAUAUUCGUUGUAAUAAUUUCAGCGGUUCCAAAAACCUCUUGUGGCGGUUCCAAAAUCUUGUAAUGGAGUCCGCUGGGCCAACGAAUAAAAGCAACAAGAAGUCGCUGUUCACGUGUUUCAGACCCGCUGCCUGCAGCAGCGGCAUGGAGGACCGCUCUUUCAGAGCCACGGACCCGGUUCUUGAGUAUCUCGCUGUCGCCGACGAGGACGGCGUUGUUUCGUAUUCGGCGGCGGAGGAUUCCGGAGGAGAAUGCGGAAGGCGCCGCCGCCGAAAGGAUGGUAGGGAUAGGUGGCGGGCCAUUAAGACGGCUUUUAAUGGCACAACAAUGAUGAAGAAGAUCAAAACUAGCAGACGGAAAUCAAAUAAGGACACUAAUUCAUCCAUGUCCAGUUCAUCAAGCAGCACCUUGGAAGGAGGAGGAGAAGGCAGCACUAAAAUCCAAACCCCACAACCCAAAACUAGCAGCAGAAAUACCUCAAACAUUUCCUCAACUUUCAGCAGCUUAUCAUCUGCAUUCACCCCCUCCACUUCCUCUUCCGUGAGUUUAAGUUGCUCAUCGCGAAGCACGGAUCCUAUCUCGGCCACUUCCUCUCGCGAGGUUUGCUCUCCGUUUUUAAAUAACGGAAGCAGCGCGGUGAAGCAGAAGCAAUGUGAUUUUGAGGACAAGAGGAAAGGACAUUGUUGUGUUUCAAACAUGGUUUUGUGCAUGUUUUUGGUUAGCUUGUUGGUUUUGAUUUUGUGGGGUAAGUUUGUUGCUAUAUUAUGCACAUCAAUUUUGUUCUAUCUGGUGCGUCCCAGUAGGAGAUGGCCAUCAUCAUGCAAUAACGAAGGGGUUUUGUGUGGAGAGAGUAAUAAUAAUAAUGAGUUUGACUCAGUUCAGUAUAAGAAGAAGGUCAUUAUGGAAGGGUUGCUUGAUAGGAGCCACAGCCGUGUGCCUCUAGGUUCCAGUUCUAUGCCCAAGGUGUUGUAGCUAAAUUGGGGAAAUGGCAAGAGGCUUGAACAUCAUUGAUAAUUAAUUUUUCAUUGUUAAUUCGUUUGAUUGAUUAGAUGUCUUUUUUCACAUACGUGAUGAUGUCCAUGUUUUUGGGUGAGCUAGAGCUUGAAUGUAGUUUGAGUAAUUGCUGAAUCAUGACAAUUGUACAGUAAUUAAGAUAUGUAUAUAUCAGAAAGUAUUAAUUCAUAGAACGUUUUU